UUAAAUCACCCUCAGACAGCUCCACAGUCCACUACAGAAAGCCACAGGUUGCUCUCAGACUGGAGCGCAGCACAGGUGUGACUGCAUCUGAGCGAGGAUACUUUCUCUACCUGUUAAUCAUCAGCCUGGCACACAUUAAUUUCAGUGGUUAAUCUCAGACAUUUGCCUGACGCUUGGCUCUCUGCCUUUAUCUGCUUGUGCAUCUGUGGCAGCUCCACUUUAGGAGCACUUUUGGACCUUCUGAAUCAGACCUGAUCAGUUACAGAGUGGCACGUUUUAUGCGUGCGUCUGCAAAAAAGGCGGAGAAAUGAAUUUUGAUGAAAUUCUCUGUCUUACUGGGGGCUUUGGGAAGUUCCAGAAGAUCUUGUAUGUAUGGAUCUGUGUACCUCAGAUCUUUCUGGCAUUUCACAUGCUGGUCUCUGUCUUCACUGGGGCUGUUCCUCCACAUUCAUGCCGCUCCACGUGGCCCUCAGAGGGCACUGAGGCCUCUUUGAAUUUCAGCCUCAGCCGUCUGUCCAGCCCUGAUGACCUACUGUCCUGCACCACCCCCUUGAACCACAGCGGUACUGUAGCUCUUAGUGAUGGACACCCUACGGGGAGCUGCCAGGGGGGCUGGGAGUACAGCACAGAGACCUUCCAAAGCACCAUAGUAACUGAGUGGGACCUGGUUUGUGAUCGUGCCAACCUGAACAACAUGGGCUCUGCCUUCUACAUGUUUGGCCUCCUAGUUGGAGCUGUUGUGUUUGGGAGCUUAGCUGAUAAGUACGGUCGGAGAAUCAUCAUCCUCAUCGGCCUGACAAUCCAGGCAGUGUUUGGGGUUGGUGCUGCUUUCGCCCCUAAUUUCUACAUCUACACCGCUCUUCGCUUUAUGGUUGGAACAUCCAUCUCUGGUGUCAUCAUGAAUGCCUUUGUCCUCGGCACAGAAUGGACGGGAACGAAGCAGCGGAUGUUGGCUGGUAUAAUCACCGACUACUUCUUUGGCGUUGGCUACAUUCUGCUGGCUGGAGUGGCGUACCUCAUAAGAGACUGGCGCAAACUGCAGCUGGCUAUAUCAGCACCUGGUUUCCUCUUCAUCUUCUACAUCUGGGUGUUGCCAAAGUCCGCUCGCUGGUUAAUGGCCAAUGACAGGAAAGAGGAGGCAUGGGAACUGAUCCGGAAAGCAGCGCAGAUGAAUGGGAAGCCCCUCACCAAAGACUUGGAGAUGUGUCAGGUCUACAAAACUGAAGAGAAAACAGAGGUGAAGAAAAAACACUCACUGAUAGACCUUGUUCGAACCCCAAAAAUGAGGAGGCAGUCUCUGAUUGUUUUUUAUCUCUGGUUUGCCAACGUGCUCGUGUACUACGGCCUGUCUCUCAACAUUUCUGACUUUGGAAUGAACAUCUAUCUGACCCAGAUGAUCUUUGGUCUGGUGGAGAUGCCUGCACGCACCAUCACCCUGUUCACCCUCAACCGCUCCCGUAAGAUCUCCCAGCUGGCUUUCCUGGCUGUGGGUGGCACAGCCUGCCUGCUGACCAUCUUCAUCCCCAGCGACAUGUCUGUCAUUAAAACUGUGCUGGCCAUAAUCGGGAAGUUCGGGAUCACGGCCUCUCUGUCCAUUAUUUACGUCUACUCGGCUGAGGUGUUCCCCACUGUUAUCAGACAAAACGGGAUCGGUAUAGGCUCCAUGUGUGCUCGGAUUGGAGGGGUCCUGGCUCCCAUGAUGUACCUCCUGAGAAGCAUCAGUCCACAAACUCCCAUGGUUGUGUGUGGCCUGUGCCCUCUGCUGGGCUCCGCCCUCACCCUGCUGCUACCUGAGACAGCCAGCAAGCCCCUGCCUGACACCAUUGAAGAUGUGGAGGGAUCCAACCACAGUGAGGAGGCCGGCCGUGUCAUCGAGGCUCCUCUGAGGAAAACAGAUGUCGUCUGCAGCACCAGGACAGACUGACGGACGACAGCGCCGCUGUGAGCUGCUGCAUUUCAUGAGGCAGUCAGUAUUUUUCAGGACUGUUCCAGAGGCAAACGUGUCCGCUUCCAGUGGAAGACAAGAUUAGACUUUGUUUUUAUGGGUCUUUGCAAGAUACCAAAAUUCUGAACGCUUAUUCAACAGUUGAAGUACUUUAACUCUUUUUCACUAUUUUUGUACAAGUUUGUUUUUAUACGCCGUAUUUACUUUUGUUCCAGUGUGUUAAAUAUCAGCUGCUUAUAUUUUUUUGUCAGUGGAAUAAAUAACUCAUUUUGAAUGUUACGUAAUGUUAAAAAUGAAACAUACUCCAUCUCUUAAUGUGCAUAAAAGUGCAAAUGACAAGGUGUGGCUUAUGCAUUUCACACCCAUGACACAGUUUUCUAUUCUCAAUAUAGAAAAAUAUAGAAACUGGUACCAGACUUAAAGAAAGCACAAAUUAGAAGAGACAGCUUUGUCCUCUCUCAGCUGUCAGAGCACCUAAUAGCUGCAGUAGUUCACAGGGAGGGAAAUGUGUUGGUUAUAAGGCUAAAAGACGGUAAAAGUCUCCAUAGAGCUAAGUGGUGGGUGAAAUUAUUUGUGAGUACAAUUUCACAAGCAACAAGUAUUUCACAUGUACAUAUUUACACAUUUAUUUCAAACAUUGUUAAAGCAACUUGCAAGAGUUAGUAUUUUUGGCAAUUUGGUGCCCGUACAGUGAAAUUCACUUUUAUACCACUGCCAUACCAAGAUGAUUUACGGCGGCUCUGACCAGAGCUCUGCUCUCGAUCAUUUUUUUAUGCAAGUAUUUUCUGGUUUUCCCUCUGGCGUCCUCUGGCUGUUCUGCCUCACCUCUUUGUGAUCUAACAGAGUUUCCUGAUUGACAAAGAGCUCUCCACCAACCAGGUCAUGUUAUGGGUCCAAUUUGUAUAUAGAUAUAAAAACCUACUGGCCCGGUUUUUUAUGUUGGUGGAAGGGUGUAGAACCCAUUCAAUUUUGGAGUGGAUCCAAGUCAUGCGGUGUACACAAGAUUAUUUUUCACUUCUGUUAACAUUGUGAGAUCAUUUUCGCCUUGGUGGAAUCAAAGUAUAUCUUAAAAUCCAGUGGAUGGAAGUAAAGUUCAACAGGUAUGAUACCUGUUCAGCCCGAGUUACAUCGUGCUAAACAGGCGUCUGCAGAGUGGAAAUUUCAGACAAUAGUGUUCUUCUAACUUCGUGUUUGUCCCUUUCCUGUUUCAACAUGGCAAUGCCCCUGAACACAAAGACAGCUCGUAUGCAAGCACACUCCUCUAUACAAUCUGUCCAAGACGUACCCAAAACACAACACUAUUCUGUUGGGAUGUUUGUCCCGUUAAUCUCUGCAAACACACAGCCUGGCCAGCCAUGGGGUACUAUCACUGAUUUGUAUAUGUUUUUGUAUAUUUUUACUUGUAUAUCUCUUUCAUGUAACAUCUAUAAGCAUAGAUCCUGCUUCGUAUCUGCCGAACAUUACUGAUUCAGGAUGAGGGUUUGGUGAUGUCUGUUCUGUGAAUCUGUGAUGGCUGUGGGCUCUGACUCUGCUGAGUGACAGCAUCUUCUGUCAGCAGCCAGUGAAAGUCCCGGUACCUGUGUUAUCAGAACUAUAUAUACAACUAUAUAUGGAACUAUAUAUACAGAAUUAUAUGUAAACCCUGUACUUUGUGUUUUGUCAAUUUUGGAGUCUGAUGAGUUGGAACAGACGCAAGUAUUUGAAAGUCACUCAUUGAUGCUGACGCAGGGAAUCUCUGCUUUCUGCUACUGUGAUGACGACACAAGUCCAUGGUCCACGUCCUCACAGAAUGUGAAGUGCACAGUAUGUUGAACUUAAACUGCACUCAGGUUGAUCAGCAUUCAGUUUAAGCAGCAUGUUUACAGUGAAAACCAAGAGCGGGACCUGUCUUUAAGACUCGCUGGUCCACAGUGAGCAUUACACCUUUUGUGACAGCUCAUCAACAAAUACUUGAAACGCCAUAAAAACAUUUCAUUGUUUGGCUUCGCUCUUACUUGUUUCUUUUUGAGGUUAUUGGUGUAAAUGAAAUUAUUGUGGUGAUGCAUCUAAGUUUAUAUAGAGAAUCAAAGUCUGCGACUCAAGUUGUUAAU